GGAGCUAGUUGCUAGAGUCCCAUUUCAAACGGAGCUCAAACCGGGAACACGGCACAACGCGGAGGAAGAAGAGAAGAGAACUGUGUCAACAUGGGGGAUUUGGAGGAUAUCAGCCAUCACAUUUAUGACAGAAUAUCAUCCUUACAGCGCAUAUUGGAUCUGUCAGCUGUUGAAUUCCCUCAAAAUAAGAUAAAGAAACUUGGACAAGAACUCUUUGCACUCGAGAGACUUCUGGAGGAGUUUGAAAAAUGUGCUGAUCGACAGAAAGAGCAACUGAAGCAUCUGAAGGAACUUGAGGAGUCAUUCCAGAAGGAUUUGGAGGACGUCCAACACAUGAAGGACAACAUACCAGCACACAUGGCCAGGAAGAAAGGCCCAGCAAAUGAACCUGCAAUGAACCAGAGUGAAGCAGCAGACGUUAAGCUAGCCCAGCAGGAAAAUGUCAAGAAGACCAAGAAGAGCUUCAUCAGAGAGAUGGAGUCCAUCACUCUGCCAGAGUUUGACAGCAUCCCUCAGUACAUGAGAGGCCGUGUAUCAUAUCAUCAGCUCAACGCUGCGGUGCAAAGCAUUAACACAGCCGUAAUAGCUAAGUACAAGAUCCUCCAUCAGGCGGUGAAAACUCUCAACAAUCAUGCACGCAAGCUGCACCAGCGCUUCAAGGAGCAGGAGACUGCAGAUACCAAAGGUCAGUUUUUUGUGGUGGAGGAUGACAUCCGUGAAUUUACUCAGAUAAAGGUGGACAAACGUUUCCAAGGGAUGCUGAGCAUGCUGCGACACUGCCAGCGCCUCCGGGAGCUCCGAGGGGGGGGCAUCACCCGCUAUGUGUUGCUAUGAACCUGCAAAAUUUUAUCAGAUGGAACACACUUCGACUUUGCUUGUCUUCGUUGUGCUGACAUAGUAAGCCAAAAGAAGUUAAUAAAAAAGAGAAAAUAAAAAAGAGUAAAUAAAUAGUAAUAAAGAAUAAAUGUGCAUAUUUCCUGGUCAAUUGUAGUUACAGACCACAGAUCUGUGCACCCUGUUCAACACUACAUGAGGUUUUGGAUUUGUCAGCUGGAUGGCCUCAGUGACUUAUUUUAUCGUAUUUAACAGUUUUCACACCAAAAAGUGACCCUAUGUCCAUCACAGAAUCUGAGCGGAGAUUUCCUCUGUGAGCCCUCCAAAUGUUCAUGCUGAAACAUUUCCACUUGUGUAAUCUGAGUAUUCGGUACAUUGGUAUUCUUUCACUUGCCACCUGUAUGUGCACAUUUGCACACAAUACAUGGAUGUAUGUUGUGGUAUAAAUGACGAUAAAUUAGACUGAUUUUUUUUUGUGCUACAUUACAAGUGUCAACUAAAUGUUUAAUUUUGAAAUUACACAAAAUAAAAUAGGGGAAAAAAAUAAUAAAAAUCUCUCUCUUCACUCACCGUCCUCCAGUGAAACAGGCAUGUUUACUCACUGUAAUGAUUUAUGAGAAACGAUCAAAUAUUCAAAAACCAUUUUGAAUUAUUGAAGUACUGAACAACGCAGACUCUAAAAAAAAAAAAAAAAACAUCUGUACAGAUGU